UGAGGGGGGGAUUACUGUCUGUCUGGCAACACUGGGAGAGUACAAUUUUCUUUUCGGUGGCAAAAUUUACGAGCAUAUUCGUAAUUUUCUAAAUAUUAGCUUAGAAUACGCACUUUAAUUAAGUGAUAUUAAUAAGAAGUGUGCGAGUUAACCCAGCACUCUAGGUUACGGCUGUCGUUAGGGCAGGAAAGUCAAAUUCAAAAACUAGUAUCGGCGUGGCUGAGCAGCGGCCAUUUUGAGCAAAGGCGAAAACGUCAGCACCCCUCUAUUCUGUACAUAUUUUAAGAUAUCUACCGUACUUCGGACUUCGGUGGAAGCUUUUACUACAAAACCCAAGCUUUAGCGGUAAACCCAAACGUAAACAAAACCAUCCACAAUAAUGGCCGAUGAAGAUAUCACACUGAAUGAGGAUCAGCUCUUGGAGUCGUUGGAGGAGACAAACGGCGAGCAGGAGACAGAGAUCAUCACAGAGACCGAGGAGGAGGGCAGCAUGCAAAUCGAUCCCGAACUGGAGGCCAUCAAGGCGCGCGUCAAGGAGAUGGAGGAGGAGGCCGAGAAGAUAAAGCAAAUGCAGUCAGAGGUGGACAAACAAAUGGCCGGCGGCUCCACCACCGGCUUGGCCACAGUCCCUCUGUCGCUAGAGGAGAAACAGGAAAUAGACACAAGGUCCGUUUAUGUGGGCAACGUGGACUACGGAGCCUCCGCUGAGGAGCUAGAGGCCCACUUCCACGGCUGCGGCACCAUCAACCGCGUCACCAUUCUCUGCAACAAGGCUGACGGCCAUCCCAAGGGCUUCGCAUACAUCGAGUUCGGAUCAAAGGAGUUUGUCGAGACUGCUCUGGCCAUGAACGAAACCCUCUUCCGCGGACGGCAAAUAAAGGUGAUGUCGAAACGCACAAACCGACCCGGCCUGUCUACCACAAACCGCUUUGCCCGCGGCACCUUCCGCGGCCGAGGGGCACGAGUAUCCCGGGCGUGCUGUCACUCCACCUUCCGUGGCGCCAGACGCGCAAUGGGUUACCGUGGACGCGCCAAUUACUACGCUCCCUACUGAUUAUUGUUUUAUUAAAAGAUUAGUAAGAUUUUUUUACAAUAUUAUUUCAAAAAACAUUAUUUUAUUGCCAAACUUCUUUAAUAAAUAAAAGAACAAAAAAAAAUAGAAAAAAAAAACAAGUAACAAGGAAACCGCCAGAAAAAUUAUCGUUUUUUAAAAAAAAUUAUAUCAUCCAGAAGAAAUAAAAAAACAGGCGAAAAAACAAGAGAACUUCAAAAUAAAUACAAAAAAAAAUCAUCAUGGAAAAUAACGAGUAUCUUGGCUAUAAUGUUUUUUGAAGCACCCAACACCAAACACCCCUCUUUUCACACAUUUUAAGUUUCAAAUAAAAAAUCAAUAAAAAAUAAUAUUUGAAAAAGAAGAAGAGUAGAAAAACAAGAGUAUAUUAAAUAAAAUAUAUGAAAAGAAACGCAAAAGGAAAAAAGCCUAAAAAAAAAAAGAAGUUAAAAGAUGGCAAAAUCGAUUAAAAGAAGGAUGAAAAUAAUAUUUAAAAAACUUAAAAAAGAAGACAGAGCUCUUGGAAAAGAAGUAAAGCAACAAAACUAGAUAAAAAAAAAAGAAAACAAAUGAACUGUGCGUAAUUUAUAUAUAUUCAAAAAAAAAUAUAUAGAGUGAAGAAAAGAAGUUGAAUUUUACUGAACUGAAAAGAUGACAAAUAUAAUCGAAUUAAAUAAG